GGGUUCUGCACUGCACGUAAUUCUGCUUUUCUCAGUAGGACUGUGGGCUCUAGCUUCGUGCACAUCUCGACAGUUUUAUUUGGUAGAAGAGAAAUUGAACUGGACGAAUGCUCAGGAAUACUGCAGAGCGAACUACACAGACUUAGCCACCAUCGAGAACGAGGAAGAAAUGAAUACUGUAAAGAAGAUUCUGGAGAACAUUACUACAACCGAUGUCUGGAUAGGACUGAAGUACAAUAGCACUAAUAAGUCCUGGGUGUGGUCAGAUAAUACUACAUUCAACUACAGCUACUGGAAUUAUGGAGAGCCAAGCAGUCCUAACACUUCUAACUGUGUUCAAAUAAAGAGAGACCAAAUUAUAAAUAGCACAUGGAAUGAUUCAGGCUGCCAGUUCAAUUGCAUGUUUGUCUGCUACAAACGACGAACUCCAAUCAUCAUGAUUCCUGAGAAUAAGACAUGGAAAGAAGCCAGAAGGUACUGCAGACAGAAUCAUGUGGAUCUGGUUUCUGUUCACUCACAGGAAAUGCAGAACUGGGUGGCAACAGCUACUAGUAACGUCUCCACUAAUGUGUGGAUUGGCCUGCGUCACACCCAUGCUCUAGGCUUCUGGUACUGGGUGAGAGGAGAGAUGAUCUGCUACCAAAACUGGGCUCCAGGUAAUGGAACUGGAGUGGAAGAUUGUAAUGAUGUUGAGAGAACCGGAGCGAUGCUGUCUGAAAGUAAGAAGUGGGUCAGUCUGCCAGAGACUCAGGCACUCGGCUUCAUCUGCAUCACCUUCUAGUGGAGGCUACUCAGAAGUGGAUUCCAACUGGAUCCUUGUAGUUCAAGACCAGACAACAUCUUUCUCAACAUCUCAACAUUUUAAUUCAUUUUUUUGGACAUAGAGUUAGCACAUCAAUUUAUUUUAGACUAAUUUUGGGUUUCUUUUUGGUGUUGGUUAUACUUUUACCUCCAAUU